AUGCUUGUGUUGACUCUGCUCGGUCUUGCUGCCUUUACCCAAGCUGCUGAGAAGCGCGCAGGAUCUGCCUCGGCCUACAGUUCCAACUCUGCCGGCAACUAUAAGCUUUCUUCCAUCAGUGCGCCCGUGCAGGGGGCUGGAAGUCCCGGGUCCAGCUCCACAUGGAAACUGACCGUUGACGAUUCGAGCAAUGGACACAAGCAAACAAUUGUGGGUUUCGGGGCGGCAGUCACCGAUGCCACUGUCACUUCAUUCAACACGCUUUCUAGCUCAGACCUACAAAGCCUGUUGAAUGAUCUGGUGACGAGCUCCGGUGCUGACUUCUCCCUCUUCCGUCACACUAUCGCUUCAUCUGAUCUUUCUGGCGACCCGGCCUACACGUAUGAUGACAAUGGCGGCUCCCCUGACACAUCGCUCGCGAGUUUUGGGCUGGGGGACCGGGGAACGGCCAUGGCUAAGCUCCUGGCGUCUAUGAAGUCUUUGAAGUCAAGCAUGAAGAUUCUUGGCUCUUCAUGGAGUGCUCCCGGUUGGAUGAAGCUGAAUGGCAAACUCGAUGGCUCCACGGAUAACAACAACCUGAAUGAUGGUUACUUGGGAAGCGGCGUUGGCACCUCCGGCUACGCAAGCGCCUUUGCUCAGUACUUUGUCAAGUACAUCCAGGCCUACAAGGAUCAAGGCGCUUCGAUCGACGCUAUCACCAUUCAGAACGAGCCUCUGAACAGCCAGUCGGGCUACCCUACUAUGUAUGUCUACGCCGAUGAGUCGGCACAAUUGAUCCAGAAAUACGUCGGUCCUGCUUUAUCCAACGCUGGUCUAAGCACCGGUAUUUGGGCGUACGACCACAACACGGACAACUCCGAUUAUCCCCAGACCGUCAUCAACGACGCCGGUCAGUACGUUGACUCGGUCGCAUGGCACUGCUACGCAAACCCGGUCAACUGGACCGUCCUCACCUCCUUCCACAACGAGAAUCCUUCUGUAAACCAAUACAUGACUGAAUGCUGGACUCCAAAGGGCUCAUGGAACCAGGCCGCCGACUUCACUAUGGGACCCCUGCAGAACUGGGCCCAGGGCGUUAUUGCCUGGACCCUCGGGACCAACUCCAAUGACGGGCCUCACUUAUCCAGUGGUGGGUGUUCCGACUGCGCCGGUUUGGUCACUAUUGGUGACAACGGAGGCUACACGUUCGAGACAUCUUACUACAUGAUCGCGCAGUUCAGCAAGUUCAUUCCCACGGGUGCUAUCAUCCUUGAUGGAAGCGGGAGUUAUUCUUACAGUGACGGUACUGGUAUUCAGUCUGUUGCUUCUCUCAACCCCGAUGGAAGCCUGUCGGUUGUUAUUGAGAACCUUUUCAGCAAUGACGUUUAUGUCACUGUCUCUACUAACAGUGGCCAGGAAUGGAGUGGCAAUGUCCCCAGCGAGUCUGUGACUACCUGGGUGCUGCCUGCUUCUUCCUAG